UGUGCAAUAUUUGAUGUUAGAUAGAUAUUUGUUAAAGAGUUUUAAAGACUAGAUCUAGUAGCAGAUCUACAUUAAUUAUUGAGCUUAAAACUAAGAAGUAACUACGCUACUGUAGCAUAAAAGGAGAAUUGAAAUAUUCACACCUAGAUUUCUAUACCUGAAAAAUUAAUUUGAACUUCGACUUACUUAAUCUGUAAUGUAAAUCUACUGAAUAGGAGUUUAAAAGUAAAAGUGUGAAAUUUUCUGUUGAUUCCCUAUUCAAAAUAUCAUCCCAUUAGUUACAGAAAUAACAAACAUAAUGUGUUAUUUAGUGGAGCAGAGAAAAAAGUAGUUGAAUAAAAGAUGGAUUUUAUGAUAUGUAUUGCCUCUUCAUUUUUAGAUGGGACAUAAUGUUUUAUACUGUUAUUUCAAGUGGUCAGUCCACUUAUGUGGAUAGACAUCAAGGCUGUUUUUCACUGUGCUAUAGGAGAGAUGAAAUUACUAAAAUGAAGUUGUGUGUGUGAAUUCAGUUGUUGGAAUAUGUUGUUAAGAAGAGAAAUGCACAAAUGUUAUAAUUUCACAUCCAGACUUUUCUCAUUCAAAAGACGUUCUUUGUUAAGAACAUUGAUCCUCAUCUUGCUCCUUAGUUUAGUGUCCAGUUUAUUUUUUCUUUAUCGUGUCAUGGACUCCAGCCUUCAUCUCCCAAAAGCUAAUCCUCCUAUUCCUCACAUUCGAUGUCAUGUGGCACCAACUAACAUGAAUCCUGAACCUAACACUCAAUUCAAUCAUAAAGUAGAUGAGCAUGUCAAGCUUGCCCACCGUGCUCUACUUAUUACAGAGAUGCCGAAUUCAAAGAAUGGACAAAAAAUUAGAUACUUUCUUAAUUCUUUGCGGAUAGAGGUGAAAUUCGAAUCAAAAUCAAAACCCAUACCCACUUUGACAAAUAAAAAAUCUGGGAGAUUUGCAGUAGUUGUAUUUGAAAAUUUCAACUCUUAUUUGGAAUUGGAUAGCUGGAAUAAACAAUUGCUGGAUAAAUAUUGUCAUGAAUAUCAUGUAGGCAUAAUUGGAUUUGUGAAACCAUCGGAUAAUGAUGUGGAUGGUUUCAAAACUGUUACUGACUAUCAUAUAACAUUUCAAUACAACCUAGAAUUAGAAGAUUAUAAAUUAAAUCCUGAAUCUAGUCUGUGGCAUAUAAUGCGACCAAGAGAAGUUUGGAAAGGUUUUUUACCUGACAAAUGGACAGUUUUUCAUAGCAACCAUUCUACCUAUCAGCCUUUAGCUUUUUCAAAACUAUCAUCUCAUUUUUCGGAGCUACGCACAGAUGAUUCCAGGUAUUUAAAACCAUUAAGUUAUGCAACAGCAGUUUUAGAUCAAGGUGAAAUAGAUGGAAUUUCAAAGGUUUUGUUUGGAUAUGACUUGAAUUUUUGGUUAAAUUCUGUGAUAAUGAUGGAUGCACUUUCUUAUUUGUCAUAUGGCAAAUUGGAUCUUAAACUUGAACGGUACAUACAAAUUGAUGUUGAUGACAUAUUUGUUGGAAAAGAGGGGAUUCGUAUGAAAGUAGCUGAUGUUGAGGCUUUGGUAAUGUCUCAAGAACGUCUGCAGAAAGAAAUUGAAGGAUUUCAAUUUAAUCUUGGUUUUUCUGGAGGAUUUUUUCUUUUUGGUACUGACGAAGAAGACGAUGGGGAUCGUAAACUAAUUGAACACAGAAAAAAGUUUCGGUGGUUCAGUCAUAUGUUUAGGCAUGAGCAACCACACAAGUUUCCUAAAGAUUAUAUAGAAAAGGCCAUGAGAAUGAACAAACAGUUUGCUGAGGAAAAUGAUAUUCAAGUAUAUGGUCAGUAUGCAGUAUCACCUCAUCAUUCGGGUGUAUAUCCAGUUUAUGAUCACUUAUAUUCUUCAUGGAAGGAGGUUUGGGGUGUUAAAACCACAAGUACAGAAGAGUAUCCAAGGCUUAUGCCAGCUUGGAAAAGAAGAGGCUUCAUACAUAAAGGCAUUAUGGUUCUACCUCGUCAAACAUGUGGCCUUUUUACAACUACUGUUUAUGCUGCUGACUUUAGAGGUGGCUUGGAGGGUUUAGAUUUGAGCAUUCAAGGUGGAGAAAUCUUCCAAACAGUACUUACAACACCAAUUAGCAUCUUCAUGACACAUUUAUCAAAUUACGGCAAUGACCGUCUGGCCUUGUACAUGCUUGAGAGUCUAGUCAGUUUUAUCAGAUGCUGGACAAAUUUAAAAUUAAUUUCUUUGCCACCAUUGGAGCUAGGACUUAAAUAUUUUGAAAUGUUUCCUUUAGAUAAAGAUCCACUCUGGUCAAAUCCUUGCGACUAUUAUCGCCAUUUAAGUAUAUGGCCUCAAAACAAAACCUGUGAUAGAUUACCCCAUUUCAUUGUUGUGGGGCCUCAAAAAACUGGGACAACUGCUUUAUAUUCAUUCUUGUCACAACAUCCAGCCAUCAUGAGCAAUAUGCCAAGCCCAAAAAGCUUUGAGGAAAUUCAGUUUUUCAAUACUAACAACUACUACCUUGGUCUUGAUUGGUAUAUGGAAUAUUUUCCUCAAAAUAUAAAGCCAAACUCAACUUUACUUUUUGAAAAGAGUGCAAAUUACUUUGAAAGUGAAGUGGUUCCAAAACGAAUUUCAGCUUUAAUUCCAAAAGCUAAGAUUAUUGUAAUUCUCAUGAAUCCAGCAAAAAGAGCUUAUUCUUGGUACCAGCACAUGCGAAAUCAUAAUGACCCAACCGCACUGAACCAUACAUUUUAUGAAGUGAUUAGUGCGUCUGAUAUGGCUUCACAAAACUUGAGAGCACUAAGAAAUAGAUGUCUAACUCCUGGCCUAUAUGCACAGCACUUGGUCAGAUGGUUGGAUUUUUUCCCAGCAAAACAAAUUCACAUUGUCCAUAGUGAUGAGCUACGGAAUGAUCCAGUCAAUGUAAUGCACCUCCUGCAAAAAUUUCUACAUGUUAUGCCUUAUAUGGAUUAUAGUCAACACUUAAGGUAUGAUCCAACAAAAGGCUUUUUCUGCCAAGUUUUGAGUAACAAGCAGAAUAAAUGUUUAGGAAAGAGUAAAGGACAUAAAUAUCCACCAAUGGAUCAUGGAUCUGAGCAACAUUUGAGAAAUUUUUAUAAAAAACACAAUUUAAAUUUAUCAAAGUUACUUGAUAGUUUUGAAACAGAAAUGCCUGAAUGGCUACAGAAUGAAUUAAAGGAUGUGGAUGUUUAAAAAACGUUACUAUCAAUAUGAAACAACGAUUUUUAAAUUGUUUUAUUAUACGCAAUUGUCUAGUAUGUUGACAAAUUGACUCCAACUUACUGUUAAUUUUGCUUUGUUUUAAGCAUUAUCAAUUAUUAUAAAUGUUUUUGAACAAAUUAGCCAUAGAAGUGUUUGAUAACAAAUAAUUUGCUGACAGUUUCUACAAAUAUCCUUCUGAUAUCAAGACACAUUGAGUAAGAUUACCACUAUUUGCAGCUGUCUGAUCUCAAUGUAGUCUUAAGGUGAUUCUUUUUGUUGGAUUAAUGUACACAUUUUAAGUAAAAAUGAUUAAAAUCAUACAUUCCUGUGUUUUCUUAGGGGAUCAUGGCUUCAUAAAUCAACAAACUCUCAGCAUUACUAAAUUGCUUAAACUAUCAGACCUAAUCAAAUUUGUAAAUGUUUGUAUAUAUAGUGAUUGCAUUUUUUGUAUGCAGUUUGUAUUUUGAGUGACAGAUAUUUAUUUAUUGGCAUAACUGAAUCUUUUCAAAGUGGAAUGCAAAAGAAAUCAUAUUUUACCGUGGUUUUUUAAAAUUCUAAAAUACUCCUAGAGAUAGCAAAAAUAAUUCGCACUUGAACUUUUAACUUGAUAUAUUUUGUCAUGUUUUUUUGCCAAUAUAAAUUAAACAAAAUGUGAAAUUUAUUAAAAUUAUAUCAACAGAAGAGUAAAAAAUCAGAUGAUAAAAGAAUUAAAUGUAUAGUUCUUGUAAGACUCUUUUUUUUUUUACUGGUUUCUUUCUUGUAUUUACAUUUUUUAAAUAUAGUUAUAUAUUUAUUAAGCAAAAGAUAAAUUCAUUAAACUAAUCAGUUAGCAUUGUAUUCCGUGACAAUUGCUAAUUGAUAGCUUUUUAUUUAUAAUGCAAGUAAAGUUGCAGAUAAUAAGUUUCUAGUUCAUCAGUGGGUUCUUUUACCAAAGAUGGCAUCUUGCUUGCCGGUCUAACAUUUUUAAACAACUUUUUAAAAAAUCUAAGAACAACCAUGCAUAAGCAAUCUCUACAUUUUGUGUUUUUACAAGUGUUAUUUCAAACAAAAACUAAGUUCAGUAGUUACAAAUCUCAAGACGCUAGAAGACAUUAAUACUAACUGCAGCCAAAUGGAUGAAACAAAGUGUGUGUGUGUAUAUAUAUAUAUAUAUAUAUAUAUAUAUAUAUAUAUAUAUAUAUAUAUAUAUAUAUAUGUAUAUAUAUAUAAUUGUU